AUGAAUGCGGCCCGGGCUCUGCUUUCCGCCGUGUUCCUCGCGGGUUUCUUCUGGGGGGAUCUUCCCUGUUGCCAGCAGGCCACCAUCCCCGCCGCCGCCACCGCCGCGCCGUCUCUCCGGGAGCCCGGCAAGGGCAAGCGGAGCUGCCGGGAAGGCGGAACGUCCCGAUCGGCUGGAGAGGCGGCCAAAAAGGGAUCGGCUGUAGCCCAGCCGCGGGUGGAGCCCCACGAGUACAUGCUCUCCCUCUACCGGACCUAUUCCAUCGCCGAGAAACUGGGCACCAACGCCAGCUUCUUCCAGUCCUCCAAAGCGGCCAACACCAUCACCAGCUUUGUGGACAGGGGGCGAG